CAUCAAUGCAGCAGAUUCGUGAUUCAGUUCGGUCAGGUACCAAAGUGGACUUUGCCCGCUUGAUGAACUGGCCUUCCGAUCAGAGCAACCCUUCGUACGCUUUCGGAAACGUUAACAGACAGAUGAACUUUAUAGGAAAUGCCGAUCGUGACGGCCAGCCGGCCCAAGAUUUAUAUCCGAAUUUCAUCCAAUUUCGACAAGCGAGAGGCUCCCUGGACGCCACAGAUGUUGAACGUUGGGUAGAGUUUUGUUGCCGACUGGUAUGGUUAGCAGGCUUGAUAGCGGAGGACCCAGCAGAAGCGCUUCCAUUUUCUCAAUGGUUCGCCAGUGUUGCUGGCAACGGAGCAAUACAGCGCAGCGGCAGUCGGCUGAGCAUCCUUGAUUUACUGAGCCGGAUGAACUUCCCUGCUGAUACUACUAUGUACUGGAAAGAGCGUAUCGCCAAGUUCGCGUGCUAUACACCUGGUGAUGCUGAUGACAGAGUGGAUGAUGAAUUGCCUCCAGCAGGCUACACGUAUCCCUCCCAGGGACCAGGCGGAGCUGGAGGUGGUGGAGGCGGGGGAGACGGAGGCGCAGGUCCUCUUAGAGACCCUCCUGGGGAUGACGAGGACGAUGAAGAUGAUGACGGAGAUAAUGGGGACAAUGCUAGCCCCAGCCGUAGAGUAAAUAUUAACCCAACCAGCAGAAAACGACCUGCGCCCCAUCGGGGCGAGACUCCAGCGCAGAAGAUACAACGGAAGGCAGAUUGGAGAAGGGGAAGAGUUCGGACACCUAGUCCACCUCCGAGCCGGCCUCCAACCCCAGAAAUUGCAGGUAGACGUUUACCACCCGGUGGAAGGGGAACGGCCCCAAAAGAGACUCCUAUUAACAAGGAUGCGCGACAAAUAGCCAUAGAGUUGAACCAGGCUGUGCGAAGAGCCCUGGCAGCUGAGCUAGAAGCUCAAAGACUGGCCCGUGAGGGGGUAGACGCAGCAGAGAUAGAGCGUCGUAGACGUGAAGCGGAAGCAGCAACAGACAGAGAGCGUCUAAGACUUGCAGCAGCGGCGGCGGAAACGGAAGCAGAAGUAGAAGCGGCAAGAGAGAUGAGGCGUCUCAGAGAUGAAGCGAGAGUGGCGGAAGAGACAGAGCGUCUAAGACUUGCAGCGGAAGCGGCGGCAGAAGACCCAGAAGCAGCUGAAGAGACAGAGCGUUUGAGAGUUGCGGCAGCGGAAGCAGCAGUAUCAACUCAACCUACCGAUGUAAGACUAGAAGAUGGCACACUCGUUUACAUCCCGGACGAUUUUUACAAUGGAACCAUGGGCUUGAAUCCGGAUGCCAUAACCGAGGUCUCUGGUCUUCGAAUACUUUGGGACGACCUAGGGGGGCCACCUAAAAAACCGACAGCCGGACAAGAUGCUGCAGCACCUGCGUUGACGCUAAACCCAGGCGAAAGUGAUACCAGUCUUAGAAGGCGAUGUAUCAGGGCAGCCAUUCAACAGAUAAUUGACGCAUUUGUCGCGAGCGAGAGAGCUGCAGCUGCUAUUCAAUCCGCCGCUGAAGCUGCUGCUGCCAGACAGGACCUCGAAGAUGCGGCGUCAGAGAGGUCAGCGAGGCCAGAUUUAGAUCUACAAGUUCCCGCGGAAGGAAUGAUCGCACCGGUUGGAGUCAUAGCCGAGGAAGAGGAAAUGAGAUUUGACGGGUUUAGUUGGCAAGUGGCCAACUUCAAUCUGAACCGAUGGAACAUCCGGGACGUCAGUUCGAGGAUAACAAACCGAGCUGGAACCGAGCGGCGCGGAGUUUGUGGUAUUCGAUCAGUUAUUGAGGCGAUGAGGCUUCAAUACCCUGAUGACCCGCUUGGUCAAAUAACGCCGGUGGCUUUACUUGAACGCUUCACCGAGAUGCGCAGAACUUCAGGCGAACGACCUAACGCGCUGAUCACUGACGUUGAACUUAAUCAGCUUUUGUUUGAGUGGACAGGAGGCCGGUACUCUGUUGUGGUUUACGAUAUGAAUGCAGAGUUUCCUGAAGAGCUUCGAGCUGCGAGGCGAGUCGGGACUCCAGAAGAACAAGCACGGCAAAGUCGGAAUCUGUUUCUGAUAUAUGGACCGCAUACGGAUGGAGCAAUUGGAAAUGAGGGGGGGCAUUGGCAGGCAUUGCAGAGGAAGUAGUUCAGAAAAUUCUUGUUUUACCAACAAUCCAGACCCAGGGGUGGAUCUGGACUGUCACAGGCAAAG